GAAUGUUCUGAUGCAGACUCGCGGCUUGAGUCCGAUCAGAAUGUAUUUUUAUUUCAGCUUUAGGAGACAGCGUUUUAGAAGAACUAUGGAUGAACCAAGCUAUUCCAGUCUUAAAAAUUAUUUAUAUUUAUUACCUACUGGUUUACUCUUUAUAAAAAUAUCAUGUUCCGUAGACGCUACUGGAAUCAGUGGAAAAACUCAAAUUCUCAACGCCUUGGUUAUAUCGCUAAGAUGUUUGAGUUACAUCACUUUACCUAAUGUCCCACUGCAUGGAAUCAUAGUAAACUUCUUGUGUAUAAUAUUUGUGUAUGGUGCAGUUUUAAUGGUAUUAAUUGUAUUCAAAGAUGUUUAUUACUCCGAUGAAGAUAAUGUGAGACUUGACUAUUUAUUAGUUCCUGUUGCAGUGAUAGGGAUUUGUCUACCGGACAAUCGGACCAUGUAUAACGUCUGCACAAUUUUAAGCGCAUCACUAGAAGCCGUAUCUAUCAUUCCUCAGUAUUUGUACACUUGUAAGAAAAAUCAUUACAGUGUGAUUCUUCCCCUUUACAUAGUAUUUUUGAUGUUCUACGCAUCGUUAUGUCUUGGUGAAAACAUUUAUAAUUAUUUCGAACAUAUUGUACAAUUUGAACCUUUAAUCAGAAUUUGUAUUGCUAGUGGCGUUAUGCAAUUAGUUCUGUACAGCAUUUUUGCUGUGAGUUUAUGCAAAAGAAGUCGAGGUUCUGUAAAAUUCAAUACUUCCAAAGGGAUAAAUGUUGAUGAGAUCUGCAACGAAAUUACUCCUAUAAGUGAGCCUAUUUUGGUAGAAUAGUAAAUUUCUUUAAUCCUUGUCUUUAAAAACUUAAAUUUAUAUUUUUUCAAGCGUUAUUAUACCUGUUUAUAGGAUAUUCUGUUCUUUGCAAUUAUUAUGUUUAUUAUAUUAAGGCUUCUAUUUUCAUCAACGAUAUUGUGGUUAAAAAGUUUUGAAGAAUGAGAAUCGAAUAACAGUAAAAAAACUCAAAACAAGCUGAUACGUAACUUCAUAAAAAUACCUUAAAGCAUAAACAUAAUUUCUUUCAUGCAACACAAAUUUGAGAAAUAAUUGUUAUGCGCAUCUACAAAGAAUUUUUUUUUGAAUAAAAAGCGUGUGAGAUGUUUAAAUGCGAAAUCUACGUAAACUUUAGAAAUAUCUUGCUAAAUUUAAAAAUGUUUGUGUACAAGAAUAGAAUGUUCGAAGAUGUUAUGAGAGAGUUAAAAUUAGUCGAUGAAAAAACCCAUCAGUAGGGAGCGCGUAGAGCUACGCCUAAUCAAAUCGAGUUUAGCUUGCUCGAUCUCAGUACGCGUGAUCGUUUAUCUGUUUGCUCCUUCGCAUCUGAGUUUAAUAGAAGACGUCAAGUCAACUCCUUACGAUGGAGCAGAAUUUAUUUCACGUUGGAACAUUACUAUACCUGGUUGGUGUGAUGACACUUCUUUUAAAGCUCGUGUUAUCGAGAGAUUGCAGAGGUAUAAGUGGCAAAACUCAGUUUUUGUAUACACUGGCAUUCGUUGCACGGUUUGUUGACUUUGUAUAUUUUGACUCAUGGGAACAAUCAACAAUGAAAAUACUGUAUCUUGUUUCUUCCAUUGCAAUGUUAUUUUUGAUAUUCAUUUACUGUAAAAAGACGUACGAUGCCAAACAGGAUGAUUGCCGGAUCGAGCUGCUAGUACUUUGUAGCGGUAUUAUAGGUGGUAUUCUAUGCGAACAAUUUAGAUUCAUAGAUAUUUUUUGGACUCACGGCGUAAUUCUUGAGACGGUCGCCAUCAUUCCCCAGCGUAAUUUAAUUGAGAAGAAAAAAGAUGUUGGCAAAACUCUGAUUUUCUAUGUUGGGAUGUUGAUGUGUUACAAAAUGAUGUAUGUCAUCCAUUGGAUCUACUUGUACAACACAAGAGAUUAUUUUGAAGGAAGAAUUGCUAUGACGGCAGGAAUCAUUCAACUUUACUUUUAUCUUGAUUGCUUUUUAGGAACAAUCGUGCCCAUAUUCAAACCUGUGCCAAUAAAGUCAACAAAUUUACAGGAAUGGUUUUUGUCACAUAAACGCCGCGUUUUUAAUCAAUAAAUCGUACUUUGAGAGGCAUAAACAAUUGUCUGCGACGGAUGCUAAAGUGCUUAAUUAACUCUUUUUUUACAUUAACAAACGUGCAGUGAAAAUAUCAAAAUAUUUGUUGUAAAUUAUCGCAAAAGUUGAUACUUAUAUAAAAUCUACUGAGAUGCAAGAAUAAGUAACUUGCAUGGAUUGUUAUGUUUAUUUUAUGAGAUAGCGUGACAGGAAACUACUAUAUAAAGAAUAACUUCCGAAAAAAUUAUAUAGAAAUAUAUGAAUAUCAGUUAAUAUAUUUUUACCUAUGGUUCAUAAAAGACUAUUUUUUGUCUUGUGACAUAAGUAUAAAGCAUUCCAAAAUUAUGAAUGUUUGCAGUGAUAAAGUAUACGCGAUUUUCGUCAUUAUAAUAAUAUAUUGAUUAAUUUUUAAAAUAUAUACUACCACACAAAUUAUAAGUAAUACAAUACAAAUAAAAAAUCAACUUCUCGUAUUCAUUAAAAAUAAAACGAUUCGGACAAUAAAUUGUUAAAAGUAAAGAUUCUAUCAUAUGAUUUUAAUGCGCUGCAGUAUAAACAUUAUUCUAAUUAUGAAAAAAAAUAUAUAAGUUUAUUGAUAGCUUUAUAAUUUUGUAUACACAAUAAUUAGACCAACAGCAAUAAAUUUUUCCAUUUUGUUUGCGUGCAAUAGAAUGAGUGUUAGACAAAUAGUGCAGCUCUUGGACAGAAUAAGUGACGAAGCUUUGGUUGUACGUGUUUUUACUAUUUUUUGCAAUAAUUAUGCAAAAAUCGAAACUUUUGAAUAUGAAGACUGUCGUCGUAAUGAACAGAAACCAUUAUUAUAACAUUUACUUUACGAUGAGGUAGAUAAAUGGUUAUUUUUUGACUUACAAAAUCAUUAUAUGCUUUGUAGGUCAUCUUGGUUACCACGGAAGAAAAUGCACGACAGUAAUUAAUAAUAAGAUGAUUAAGCAUUCUAACAUAAUCGGAAUUCUGGACUACAUAUAUAUUACAAAGUUAAAAAUUUUAUCAUUUUAAGCAUUUGCUUUUGUGUCAUACAAUUUUCGUUCCCUACAAAAUGCUACAAUCUAUAUGCGUGUGUGCGCGUGUGUGUGUGUGUAUAUAUAUACACAUAUAAACACAUAUUCCCUUAAUAAAAUACUAUUAGUUCUCCAUAUUCCUAUACUCUAGUUUGUUUUCAUCCUUCAUUCGAUCAACUUCUGAAACUUGACAUAAACUUCAGCAAAGAAUUAUCAGUAUACAAGCAUGCGGACCGCACAUAAGAGUAUUGAAAAGCUCGAUGAAUUUUCGACAGAUUCAUUGAGCAAAGAACACUAUCGACAUAUAUCCGUAUUGACAAGGCUUGCGAUAAGAUAACGUUCGAUAAAAAGGAUUAAAAAUACACGGAGACUAUGUAUGCACCGGAAAAAUAGCCGGCAGUGAUGAUUAACAAUAGCAACUAGAGAGGCACGCCCGCUGCGUUUGAGCUUCUUAAUACGCGUUUGCUGCGUCGCCAGCGUAUAAGAGCGCAUCGUUGCACGGGAGGAACGAGAGCGCACCGCAUAGUUAAGAUCUGAAUUUCGUGAAAUAGACAGAGUGACCAUGUAUCUGUGAGUGUCCACUCGCCGCCCAUGUAUAUAAAUACAGGCUCGUGUGUGCGAUUUUCAACGCAAAGAUUAUGUUGCCGACGACUAUGGCUACGACAUAGUCUGCGAGCAGCUCACAAAUGCGCUUUUGUUAAUAAAAAUGUGAAGUGUGUUUAUUGGUGAUUUUUUACGAGAAGAAAUUCACGUUAAUUUGAUUGGAAGAAGCUUUGAUAUACUGCAGAAAAGUGAUUAAGAUGCCCGAUAAUUAUGUGACGAAAUAAGUGUACCAGUGUGUGACAUGCGAACACUAGUUAUCGGUGUUUUUUUACACUAAUGGAAUGCAGAUUUCGUCUGCUCUAAUGUAUUAUUUGUUGUUCUCGUAAUUUCAUUAAUUCACGGAUAUUUUAUAUUUUUCUCAAAUCAAACAAAAUUAGCGUCAUACACCAAUUAUGAUCUUGAAAUUCACGACUAUGAAUUUGAUAAUGAACACAUUGCUGAGCAUACAGCUCAUUGGAGAUUAUUUCCUUUGCAUGGGGCAAAUUUUGCUUCUGCAAAAUAUACACCGGAAGAACACUUGUGCAAGUGUCAGCGUGAAAACGCAAAUUAUUUUUACGAUCAUCUUUACUAUUAGAUACGCGGACCUAUUAGUCUCAUACUUGACAGUCUAUAAAUCGUUUGAAAACCAGCACUUGGAUCUCGCAUACAUAGUUGUACACAACUUUGUAAAAAUUGCCCACAUCAUUAUAAUGUACUGGACCCUCUUAGUAAUAUUUGUAUUGUUCAGAAAAUCGGAAAGCCGAAAGUUCGACGCAUUCAGGUAUGAGAUGCUCAUAUCUGCCUGCGCUAUUAUGGCAGUUCUGCUAAACGACAAACUCGAGACCGAGGAUGUGAUGUGGACGUUUAGUAUUUACUUGGAAGCUGUAGCUAUGGUCCCACAACGGUUUCUCAUCUCCAGAACGAAGCACGUCGACGGUAUUGUGUUUUACUACAUAGGGUUCUUGAGCUUGUAUAAGUUCUGCUACAUGGCCAAUUGGAUAUUCUCGACGAUUUAUCUGGACAGUCGUUUUGACAAAAUCGCCUUUGCAGCUGGUAUCAUUCAGUUGAUUUCCUAUUGUGACAUUUUUGUCAGCAGAAAAAUGUCAAAGUCUAGGAUUUCAAUACAGGAGGAUGAUUAUCAAUUUUUGCACUGCAGUGAGGGAUUGAAGUUGAAUUCUGAAGAUAGCAACUCGAUUUGUAAUGCGACUGCCGCUUUUAAGAAUAAAAAUAAGAUAACUUUUCAAACCGUUUGAGAGGAAACAGGAUACACCCGCAAAUUAUGUACGAAAUUCUACACGAAAAAGUCUGGAGAACAUCAAGUACCUAGAACACGCAAACUAGGCAAACACUUGAUUCUAAGCAAUUUGAAUUUUCACAGAAAAGUGAAAUCACAGCAUUAAUAAUCAAUAAAAUUAUUUACGAACGUUCAAAAUA